CUAUUAGCUAUUGCAAAUUCCCUACAGAGCUCUCGUACAGCUCGUUCGGAAGAAGAUCACGAUACAUUAUGGGAUGCUUGGGGAUCAUGGAGUGAAUGUUCAAGGACAUGUGGUGGUGGAGCUUCAUAUUCUCUAAGGAGAUGCCUUAGUAGCAAAAGCUGUGAAGGUCGGAACAUACGGUACAGAACAUGCAGUAAUGUGGAUUGUCCAGCAGAUUCGGGAGAUUUUCGGGCCCAACAGUGUUCAGCUCACAAUGAUGUCAAGUACCAAGGACAGUACAGGGAAUGGCUUCCAGUUUAUAAUGAUCCCGAGAACCCAUGUUCUUUAAAGUGCCAAGCAAAGGGGACUUCUCUUGUUGUAGAACUUGCUCCUAAAGUUCUAGAUGGUACUCGAUGUUACACAGAAUCCUUGGAUAUGUGCAUUAGUGGAUUAUGCCAGAUUGUUGGUUGUGACCACCAGCUAGGAAGCACUGCAAAGGAAGAUAGCUGUGGAGUAUGCAACGGAGAAGGGUCCACCUGCCGAUUGGUUCGGGGACAGUACAAGUCACAGCUCUCUGCAAAUAAGUUGGAUGAUACAGUGGUUGUUAUUCCAUAUGGCAGUAGACAUAUACGAUUGGUGCUGAAAGGACCUGAUCAUUUGCACCUGGAAACAAAAACAUUGCAAGGGCUAAAGGGUGAAAACAGUCUCAGCAACACUGGAUCUUUUCUUGUGGACAACACUACGGUUGACUUCCAAAGAUUUCCUGAUAAAGAAAUCCUCAGGAUUGCUGGUCCUCUUUCUGCAGAUUUUUCUGUCAAGGUGCGUUACACUGGUGCUGCCGAUAGUGUUGUACAGUUUAUUUUCUACCAGCCCAUAAUACAUCGCUGGAGAGAAACCGAUUUUUUUCCUUGCUCAGCUUCAUGUGGAGGAGGUUAUCAGUUAACAUCGGCUGAAUGUUAUGAUUUGAGGAGUGGCCGGGUGGUGGCAGAUCAGUACUGCCAUUACUAUCCUGAGAAUGUCAAACCCAAACCCAGGCUCCAGGAGUGCAACAUGGACCCGUGCUUAGCCAGUGACGGUUACAAGCAAAUAAUGCCCUAUGAUCUUUAUCACCCCCUUCCCAGAUGGGAAAGCACUCCCUGGACUGCUUGCUCUUCAUCUUGUGGCGGAGGCAUCCAAAGUAGAACAAUCUCCUGUGUGGAGGAGGACAUGCAGGGUCAUAUCAGCUCCGUUGAGGAAUGGAAAUGUAUGUACACUCCAAAGAUGCCUAUUGUCCAGCCCUGCAAUAUUUUUGAUUGCCCCAAAUGGCUUGCUCAGGAGUGGUCACCGUGUACUGUUACUUGUGGGCAUGGGCUGAGGUACCGUGUGGUUCUCUGCAUCGAUCACAGGGGAAUACAUACAGGGGGGUGCAGUCCUAAAACAAAACCUCACAUCAAGGAAGAAUGUACUGUACACAUACCUUGCUACAAGAUCAAAGAAAAAGUACCAGUGGAGGCCAAGUUGCCAUGGCAUAAACAAGCACAGGAAUUAGAAGAGACAGCGGCUGUAUCUGAAGAGCCUUCAUUUAUACCGGAACCCUGGUCCUCAUGUAGUGUCACCUGCGGAGCUGGAAUUCAGCAACGAACAAUAAAGUGCCAGGUGCUUUUGUCAUUUGCUCAAACAGUCGCUGAUCUUCCGCUUGAUGAAUGUGAAGGACCAAAGCCUGCCAGUCAGAGAAUGUGUUACAAUGGACCCUGCAAUGGUGAUGCUGUAGAGUACAGCCCGGAGGAGGAAGAUGUAGAAUAUGGAGGAAUAAAAGAUACUGAUGAACUCUAUGACUGGGAAUACGAAGGCUUCUCUGAGUGCUCGGAGUCCUGUGGUGGAGGUGUGCAAGAAGCCAUAGUAGUGUGCUUGAACAAGCAGACAGGGGUAGCAAUGGGUGAAAGUCUGUGUGUGGCCAGCAAACGACCUCCACCCCUAUUAAAAACUUGCAAUAUGGAAGCAUGUCCGCCAAGGUGGGAAAAUGGGAACUGGAGCUCAUGCAGCUUGAGUUGUGGCGUUGGAUUACAGACCCGAGAUGUGUUCUGUUCUCAUCUGCUGUCCCGCGAGACAAAUGAAACUGUUGUUUUGGGGGAUGAUGUCUGCAAACAGGUUAAACCUAUUUUGGUGCAGGCCUGCAACCGCUUUGACUGCCCACCUUCCUGGUACACUUCAGAUUGGAAACCGUGCUCUCAGUCAUGUGGUGGGGGUGUUCAGACUCGGGAGGCCCUCUGCAAACAAAGACUUUCUGAUGGCAGCAUUUUGGAAAUCCCUGAAACGUUUUGCUCAUCUGCAAAGCCUGCAACACAAGAGUUAUGCCAAAAUGAAGACUGUCCACCAGAGUGGUCUCUGAAUGACUGGUCUCAGUGUUCAGUUUCAUGUGGAGAGGGGACACAAACCCAAGGAGCUGUUUGCAGACAGAAGGUGAAAACAGCAGAAUAUAUUAUAGUGAAUACCACUCUGUGUCCAGGUUCCAUGCCUCACCAGAUGACCCGGGCUUGCUCAAUGACACCAUGCACAAGACCCUGGCAUGGUCAGAAGAUGACCCCUCAAAUAUCUGGCCUGAGAAAAAUCUACAUACAAACCAAAAAGCAAAAGAAGCUGCAAUUUGUUGUUGGUGGCUAUGCAUACCUCCUGCCUAAGACUUCUCUCGUACUUAGGUGUCCUGUGCGUAGGUAUCGUAAACCUCAAAUAAUAUGGGAGAAAGAUGGAAAACACUUAAUCAGUUCAGAACAUGUUACUGUGGCACCACAUGGAUAUGUUAAAAUUCAUAAUCUCAGGCCAUCAGACACUGGAGUCUACACAUGCAUGGCUGGGCCUAGUCAAGAACAUUUUGUCAUCAAGCUCAUUGGAGAGAACAAUAAAAUUAUUUCUCAGACUUCCAGACAUAGAGAAGAAGACACUGUCAAAAAAAACAGAAAGAGUGAUUCUUUUAAUCGUCCGGAAAAACAGCAAAAUUCUAAUCUUUUUAACCGAAGUAAAACUGAAAAGCAGAUGCAGAUAAUGGAUCCUAGUAGCCGCUAUGAUAAUAUUGUUUCACGUCUUCUGACGCUAAAGCCUUGGUCUGAGCAUCACAUGGAUCCAUCUGACCCUCAAGAAUCUUUUGAGAGAAAUAUCUCCUCGGAGGAAGAUCAUGGUUUAGAGCAUAGUGUACCUAAUACUUUUGUCACUGAUGUGAAGCAUGUAGAAGACGUAAUUAGGUUAUUGUCUCAGCAACCUGGUGAACUCCAUGACAACAGCAAACACCUUUUGUCACAGCUGGCUCAUGAGUUGGUUAAAAGCCGCCUAGAAAACCAUGGACCCCCAGUUUUCAAGCCAGAGCCUAAACAGCUUGGUCCAGGUAUUUCAGAGCAUUCAUUGUAUAAACCUGUGUCUGGUUUUUCUAGCUCAUGGAGGUCAUCAUCAAUGGAAGCAGAAGUGUUUGAGUCACAUGACAGUCUUCUAAGCCAUUCUCUCAGGAAGCCAGUUAUUCUCAGAAAGAUAUCUGCAGCCCAACAUUUUUCUGCUUCUGAGGUUGUCACCCAUAUUGGACAGACCGUGGCACUGGCUAGUGGAACCCUCAGUGUGUUACUUCAUUGUGAAGCUGGAGGAAACCCUAAACCAGUUAUUAGAUGGGCUAAGAAUGGAGAAGAAGUGAAAUAUAGUAACAGGAUCCUCUUAAAAUCAGAUGAUUCUCUGCAAAUACUAGAGCCAGUUGAAGCUGAUGUUGGGUUCUACACCUGUAAUGCCACUAACUCUUUAGGCUCUGCUUCGGUGUCUAUUGCCAUUACUUUAGCAGGCAAACCAUUAAUAAAGACCUCCAGAAAUGUGCUUGUCAAUAUGGAUGCUCCUUCUAUCAUCGCCGAUGUUGGUAGUGUGGUGAAAACUAUUCAGGGUACAAAUGUAACAAUCCUUUGCCAAGUAGCCGGUCUUCCUGAGGCCGAUGUGACUUGGUUCAGAGAUAAAAGCAGAUUACACCACGUUCCCCACCAUAGUGAUGCAUCUUUGUUCCUGGCAAAUAUAACGUAUCCUGAUCAGGGACUGUAUAUGUGCAAAGCAACUAACAUACACGGGGAGGUAUCAGAAUCAACCCUGCUUCAAGUUAUAGCUUUGGACCUGUUUGGAGUUGAGCGACUAUUGAUGCUUUUUGCUGAACUUGGUCCUGGAUUACCUUCUGUGCUCACAUCUUUUGUUGGCAACAGCUUAAUGGUGAACACAGGUGAAACGGCAUUGAUUGGAUGCCCUGUGAAAGGAGAAUCUAUGCAAAGCAUUUCUUGGUUUCAUGGAAAUCAGCCACUGAAUAAUGGAGCACGGCCAUCGUAUGAAUUUGUGGAAGGUGGACAGAUUCUAAGACUAACUAAUAUAAGUAAAGAUCAUCUAGGGGAAUACCGUUGUGUUGUAAACAAUCCUUCUGAAUCACAUGUGCAAAAAGCUUUUCUGUCAAUUCGAGCAAGAUCAUCAGAUUAUCAGUGGUCGGUGACUGUUCUGGUGCCAUGUACAGCAUCGUGUGGCAACAGAGGAAUUCAACAACCGCAGCUGAAAUGUGUCCUCGACAAGCAAGAAGUUAAUACAUCUUACUGCCUGGAUAAGUCUAGACCAUCCAUCAAACCUGUUGCCUGUAACAGACGAGACUGUCCACCAAGAUGGAUGGUAACCUCCUGGUCAGCAUGUUCACAGAGCUGUGGAGGAGGAGCACAGACCCGCCGAGUGACUUGCCAAAAGCUAACAGGAACAGGGCUCUCUAUACCAGUGUCAAAUGAUAUCUGCACCUUGUAUGCAAAACGUCCUGUUGACAGUCAAAGUUGUAGUAGACAGCUGUGUGUGGAGUGGACCACAUCUUCAUGGGGGCAGUGUCAUGGGCCAUGCGUAGGACUACGCACAGCUGUACAGCAUAGACAAGUGUACUGUCAAACCCGGGAAGGAACAACUGUAUCUCCAGAACAAUGUCAGACUCUGCCAAGGCCGGGCAACACACAGAACUGCCGGACAGACCUCUGCAGCGUACACUGGAGAGUUUCACCUUGGACCCUCUGCACAGCCACUUGUGGCAAUUAUGGUUUUCAGUCUAGACGUGUUGAGUGUGUUCAUCACAGAACUGGCAGAGCAGUACAAGAUCACAUGUGUACCUGGAGACCCCGACCUUCAAAUUGGCAGCGCUGUAACAUGGCACCAUGUGAGAACGUUGACUGCAGAGAUACGACACGGUACUGUGAAAAAGUGAAACAGCUAAAACUUUGUCAGCUUGCACAGUUCAAAUAUCGCUGCUGCGGGACUUGUAGAAAAGCCUGACGACUCAUUCAGAAGACCUGAUGACCCAUUUGGAAUCCUAACUUUGCUUUAGUUAAGCAAGGAGAUGCAGAAAA